AUGACCGCGCCGGAAUGGGCCCACGUGCAUUUCCCUGCAGUGGAUUUUGAGGCCAUCUCCUACUACUCGGCACCUAAAGAUAUGUCUGAUGGACCAAAAUCUCUGGCAGACGUAGAUCCCGAGUUACUGCGGACCUAUGAGAAGCUGGGCAUUCCGCUACAUGAACAGGAAGCAUUGGCCGGCGUUAUUCAAAGCCGACCCAACGUUGCCGUCGAUGCAGUGUUCGACAGCGUUUCCAUCGCCACUACUUUCAAAGACAAACUGGCAGAGGCCGGCGUAGUGUUCUGCCCGAUAUCAGAAGCGGUGCACAGCCACCCGGAACUGGUCAAAAAAUACCUUGGCAGCGUCGUACCUCAACGCGACAACUUUUAUGCAGCUCUGAACUCAGCGGUCUUCAGUGAUGGUUCCUUUGUCUACAUUCCAAAAGGUGUGCGCUGUCCGAUGGAGCUAUCCACCUACUUCCGCAUCAACGAACGCAAUACGGGACAAUUCGAGCGCACCCUGAUCAUCGCCGACGAGGGCUCUCACGUCAGCUAUCUGGAAGGUUGUACCGCACCGAUGCGGGACGAAAACCAACUUCACGCUGCGGUUGUUGAACUGGUUGCACUGGGCGAUGCGCAGAUCAAAUAUUCCACCGUUCAGAACUGGUAUCCCGGCGACGAGAAUGGCAAAGGUGGCAUCUACAACUUUGUAACCAAACGUGGGCUCUGCGCGGGCGCGCGGUCUAAAAUUUCCUGGACCCAGGUCGAAACUGGUUCAGCCAUCACCUGGAAAUACCCCAGCGUUGUUCUGCGCGGCGAUCACAGUGUCGGCGAGUUCUACUCCGUGGCCUUAACCAACAACAUGCAACAGGCGGACACCGGCACCAAGAUGAUCCACAUGGGCAAAGACACCCGCAGCACCAUCAUUUCCAAAGGCAUCAGUACCGGCCGCAGCGAGAACACAUACCGCGGUCUGGUGAGAAUUUCGCCAACGGCGUCCGGCGCACGCAACUUCACUCAGUGCGACUCGCUGUUGAUUGGCGACACGUGCGGCGCACACACAUUUCCUUAUAUUGAAAACAGUAACACCCACGCUAUUGUUGAACACGAGGCCACCACUUCGAAGGUCAGCGAAGACCAGCUGUUUGCUUGUCAACAACGGGGUAUCGAUCCGGAAAAAGCAGUGAGCAUGAUUGUUAACGGCUUCUGUAAAGAAGUAUUUAAAGAGCUGCCUAUGGAAUUUGCCGUCGAGGUUAACGCCGGAGAAGUACAUGCGAUCAUGGGCCCCAAUGGCUCCGGCAAAUCCACUCUGGCAAAUAUCCUCGCCGGUAAACCAGGCUACGAAAUCACGUCAGGGUCCGUCGAGUUUGAAGGACAGGAUAUCUCCGACUGGGAACCUCAUGAACGGGCCCACGCAGGUAUCUUUCUUGCCUUUCAGUACCCGGUGGAAAUACCCGGUGUGAGCAAUAUGGAGUUCCUCAAAGCAAGCCUUGAUGCCAAAGCGUUUGCCAACAAGCAGGAACAGACCAACGCCGCGCAAUUCAUCAAGACCGCGCGAUCACUGGCCAAAUCGCUUGAUCUGAACCCAGACUUUUUGAAACGUGGCGUCAAUGAAGGGUUUUCCGGCGGCGAAAAAAAGCGCAACGAAAUCCUUCAACUCCUGCUGCUGCAACCCAAACUGGCGGUGCUGGAUGAAACAGAUUCGGGUUUGGACAUAGAUGCGCUUCAGGUCGUCGCCGAGGGCGUGAACCGCUUUCGCAACGCUGACAACGGCGUAGUGUUGAUUACCCACUACCAGCGAUUGCUUGAUUACAUCGUUCCCGAUUUUGUGCAUGUACUGGCGGACGGCAAGAUUGUGCAAUCCGGCGACAAGAGCCUGGCACUUGAACUUGAGAAGAAAGGCGAAGAUUCAGAACAGUUCCAUGACGCGCUCAGCCGCGCGCUGAAUUCAAAAACCCACCGCGAGCGUUGGAAGUACACCAAAAGCCAACCCAUCCUGGACAUGCUGGAAGCACCUGCCGUCACGCCAGACUGGCAUACAUUACCUGCCGGCGUUGAGCUGCAGGCGCUCAGCCAGGAUCUGCAGGAUGCGCCACUGCAGCAUCAGAUCGACGACGCGCCCGAGGCAAGCAGCGCAUUGUGCUAUCACGACAAGCUGUCGCUUGUAGAAGCCUCCGGCAAUCCAACACAACCGUUAGUAAUACAACACCGGGGCCACAGCGCGCCUAUUGUCUUGAAGGUCGCUGCAAAUUCUCAUCUCGAACUGCACGAAAUCUAUUCCGACAAUAUUGAUCAGCAUCAAACCCUGUGGAUAGAGCUGGGACCUGGCAGCAGCCUGACACAUGCAAGAAACAGCUUUGUUCAGGCGAAACACUGGCAGUUCCUGCGCGUAACGCUGGCCAAAGACGCCUCGUAUAUUCUGCAUAAUCACAGCUCCGGGGGUGAGAUGCGCCGGCAGGAUAUCCAGAUCCUUUGUAAUGAACCUGGCGCCAGCGCGCAGGUGACCAGCGCCUCUCAGAUCGGCAAGGGCCAACACCUGGAUCAACAGAUCACGCUUGAACAUCGAGCGGCCCAUACCAGCAGUCAGCAGGUGUUCCACAACAUUGUUGAGGACAAGGCCAAAGUCACCUUUAAUGGCCGUAUUCAUAUUCACAAGCACUGCCCCCAGGUUGCUGCCACGCUGCAGAAUAGAAACCUUGCACUGGGCGACAACGCCACGAUAAAUACAAAGCCAGAGCUGGAGAUAUACACCGACGAUGUCACCUGCGCCCACGGCGCAACCCAACUACAGGGCCUUUGGCUCACGCUGCGCUCGCUGAAUUUGGCAUUUCCCAACCCGACAACCCCGAUGUUUGAUAUUCGCGCUGAUUUUCCUAUUCUCAAACGCCAACACCAGGAUGAGCCUCUGGUAUACCUUGAUAGCGCAGCAACAACGCAGAAACCGGAUACGGUGAUUAACGCGGUGGCCGACUAUUAUCGACACAGCAAUGCCAACGUGCAUCGUGCUGCCCACAAACUGGCUGAAGAAGCCACCACACUGCUUGAAGAUGCACGCACGCUGGCACAACAGUACAUUGGGGCAUCAGAUCGCCGCGAAGUGAUUUUCACCCGUGGUACCACCGAAUCCAUAAACCUGGUUGCCCAGGGAUUGCAGGGAUACCUCAGCGAAGGUGAUGAAAUACUGUUAACCGCACUGGAACAUCACUCGAACAUUGUGCCCUGGCAGAUGCUGGCACAACGCACCGGUGCCAGCUUGAAGAUAGUCGCUGUGGACGCAAAUGGAGAUCUUGACCUGGCCGAUUUCUAUCAGAAACUGUCCCGCAGGACCAAAGUCUUUACCUGUAACCACAUAUCAAACGCGUUGGGCACUGUAAAUCCAGUUGCAGAGCUGGUCCAAGCUGCCAAAGACGCUGGCGCCAUCACACUGAUUGAUGGUGCCCAGGCCAUCCUGCACGAGCAAUUGAACGUCACUGCGCUGGAUUGCGACUUUUAUGCCUUUUCCGGUCACAAAAUGUAUGCGCCAACAGGUAUUGGCAUCCUCUACGGUAAACUGGCGCGCCUGGAGGCGUUGCCACCCUACCAGGGGGGCGGCGAGAUGAUCGAACAUGUCACCUUCGAAAGCAGUACUUACCAGCAACCGCCUUACAAGUUUGAAGCCGGAACGCCUAACAUUGGCGGCGCUGUUGGUCUCGGUGCGGCCAUCAGGUACCUGAAUGAUCUGCCACUUGCCGAACUGGUUGAACAGGAAAAAAUCCUGAUCAAUUCUGCGCUCAGUCAACUCAGACAGAUUCCGGGGUUCAGGCUUAUUGGCGAGCCUAAACAACGUAGCGCGGUGAUCUCUUUUAUUCUGGAAGGCGCACACCCCAACGACAUAGGUACAUUGCUUGAUCAGCAGGGUGUUGCGGUACGCACCGGCCAUCACUGCACCAUGCCUUUGAUGGCGCGCCUGGGAGUGCCUGGCACGGUACGCGCAUCUUUCAGUCUGUACAAUAACGCUUAUGACGUCGAACGGCUUGUUAAAGCGGAAAUUGAAAUGAGUGAACUUUCAGAUAUUUCCAUUACGCCCGAGGCAAGCGAGCAUAUCCGGAACCAGCUGCAACUCACCCAGGCGCGAUAUCUACGCCUGGCAGUUAAAGAAAGCGGCUGUAACGGCUAUAUGUACAUGUUGGAUUUUCUUGAGUCCCCAGCGCCAGAAGAUAAAUGCCUUGAUUUCGGCGACGGUGUUCGAGUGUGUGUCAACCAGGCGGAUCUGCCUAUGGUGGCUGGCACUGAGGUCGACAUGAUUACCGAAGGUCUGAAUUCGGCGCUGGUUUUUAAGAAUCCAAAUGCUACCAGCUAUUGCGGCUGCGGCGAGAGCUUUGCUGUCAGCGCUGAUGAAGAUAUCGAUGACUCUGUCGCAGCAGAUCUGGAUAGUCUGGCAACAGAUGUAGGCAAACACUAG